AUGAAGUCCAUCAUUGCUAUCAGCUCACUUUUGGUCGCAUCCGUUGCUGCCGUGCCACUUGAAGCUCGAUCGCCCUCUGUCACCUUUGCACUCUCCAACGACUACUCGGGUGCCUAUGCAGGUGCCACUUUUGCUGCCGAUGGCACAGACAAGUCGAUCAAAUCCCUCUUCGGUACAUCAUCUGUGGCCUCGGGCGGCGUCGUGCGGGCUUCAUCUGGCCAAUUGACGGCGUUCCCCCAAUCAAUUAGCUGUGUUCUUAAGAACGGUGGAACUACUUUCCCCACUCUGACUGCCCAGCGCACCUACAUCGAUCUUGACGGGAAUCCGAGUGCUGUUAAUCCAGUCGAUCUCACCACCGCGGUCAUCACCUGCUGGGCUUAG